AUGUCUCAACCGAAGAAAGAAUUUAAAAAACCUUUCCGACAUACACAUCCCAAAAAAAAAUCCAAUUUUACUCCUACCAAAGGUAACGAAAGUCAAUGUCCUAUAUCUGAUGAAAGUAAAGAAGGAAAAGACGAUCGAUGGUAUAUCCGACUUCCUAAUGAUUUCUGGAUUGCAGAUAUCUUAUCCGAAUAUGAAUACAAAGUAUCAAAAGGACGUCCAAAUCUCGCUUCCACCUCUCCAAUUCCAAUUUCAAAUUCAACAAUGAUGGAAGUGAGUUCUCAAUUUGUUCGUGACGUCCUUCGAUGUAAGGCUUUGAAGUUAAAGGCCGAAUCGGUAAACGUACGAAAUGAGAUCAUCUUCAAUCUCCUUCGUUUUGUCCUCCGUGACAAAGCAUAUCAAGAAUUGAUGUAUGUGCCUCUGGUACCUACUCAAUCGAAUGAAUUCGCCGCCUUCGGCACUCAAACCUAUUACUUGGCCGCUCGUUCUGACAUAAAGAUUCUUCCAAAAGUUGGUCCAAUUACGAUAAUUAUAGAAGAUGAAUUACCUGUUGACCUUAAAGAGGAUGAAUUUAAGAGAUUGGCGAAGGAUGUAUAUUUCAAAAGAAAUCUUCCGAUACCAAUCAUUAAAUUUGGUUGGAAUAUCACUUACGAAUUGAAAUCUUUAAAUGAUAUCAAUUUACCAAUAUUGAGGACCGAAAAAUGUCCCAAACAAGGACAAUCCGGUUUAUUAAAUGAUUUAAAUAAACUUGGAAUCCUCUUUACCGAUUUUAAAAUUGAUAAUCAUCAAGUGUUCGUUAAAGAAUUUAAUCCGGCCAAUAUUGUUCGGGCCGUGGAACAAUUACGUUUAACUCGUCAAACUAGUAUGGAAAAAUUGUUUCAAUUUAUUUCUAACGACGAACGGGAUCGAAUUCGUGAAUAUAUUGUUCGUAAAUGGAAAAGGUUAAUUGAUAAAAGAAAUGAAUAUGAAGAUCGAGUGGAAAGUGAUUCUGAAUUAUGGAACAUCCUUCGCGAAUUUCCUAUUUGGCCAACUUUCGAUCCUGAAGUCGGAUAUGUACCAGCGGUUCGUGGAAUGCUUGUCCCCGAGAAACUGGAAUAUUACGAAUCUACUCGAAGCAAUUAUCGUUGUUAUAUUAAUUAUAAGGAUGAAUCGGAAAGACGUAUUUUAAAAGCAUUGGGAGUUUAUACAAUAGCUGAUUAUGUUUAUUUGGGUGAUAUUUUUGAUAAAGCAAAUAGUGGUGGAAUUGAUCCUUCGGAUUUAUCUUAUAACAAAUUAUUGAGAUCAUUCUUAAAACUUCCAACUAAUAAAAUUGAUGUCCGAUGGUCAAAUCGAAAAUUAAUUCCUAAUCAAUUAUAUUCAAGACUUUUACGUGCUGACGAAUGUCUUAAUCAAUCAGUUUUAUUAAUUCGAAGGUUAUACGCGGGUUCCGAUUUAUUCAUAGCUGAUGAUCUCACAAAUGGGAUUUAUUUAUCGGGAUUAGAGAAACUUGGAUUUGAAGGAAGAAUUGAUGUGGAAAGAUUAAUUCGAAUCGCCAAGAAUAUUGAAACCAUGGCUGAACGACUUAAUCCUCCUCAGGAUAUUUUGGAUCGAGCGGAACAAUUGAUUUUACAUUUUUAUUAUAAUAUUGAUAAUUUCGCAUUUUCAUUUAAUCAAUGGGAUCGAUUUAAACGAAUUAAAAUUGUUCCUUCAAGAAAAUUAUGUUUUCCUUAUUUCGGUACCGCGAAGAUUCCAAAUAUUAAACUUUGUGCAUUCUCCGAACUUCGAAUGCCUAUACAUAUUGAUCUUUGUUGGACUCAAGCUGGAAUUUUUCAUGAUCGAGCAAUUCCCCCAAGAACGGUUUUAAUAUUAUAUGAAGAACUUGAAAAGGUUCCUGCAUUCGAAACAUUAAAUCAUUUAUUGGAAAUUAAGAAAAGGAUUGAAAAUAGAGAAUUAGAAGAUUGGAGAGAACCUUUAAGAAAGAAACAACUUCGUAAACUUAUUCGAGGAGUUUAUGCUCGUUUAAAUGAAGAAUUAAUUCUUUCUAAGGAAAUUGGAACUUUGGCAUAUAAUGAAUUUCUUAGAAAUUUAAAUAAAGGUUUAAGUGAUUGUCCGAAAGUAUUCUUUAAUGGUAAAGAUCCUUUCGAUUUAAAUCAAUGGAAAGCAGCCAAAAAUUUAGUAUUCAAUGUUAAAGAUGAUCUCACCAAUAAUUUGGUAUCAGUUCAUUCGAAACUUAAACAAUUUAAGAAUUUAUUAUUACAAUGUGGUGCCAAAUCAUUUAAAUUACCUUCCUUAUCAAUUUCAAAUCCCACCUCCGUCGCCGCCGUGGUACAAAUUCAGAAUCGAGAUCCGGUAUUUGAAAAUUUAUGUAAACUUCUUGAUCCACCUUCCAAAGAUCCUCGAGUAAGGGAUCAACGAGAAUCGGAAGAAGAAUUAUUAGAUACGGUAUUUCAUAUUCGUGGUCAAGAAGUUAAAACUUCCAGAUUCGUUUUGGCAUUCUCAUGCCCACAUUUCUAUAAGGCGGUAACCAGUAAAUUUAAAGAAUCAAAUAUGAAAGAAAUUAUACAUAUAAAAUUACAAGAAGGAGCAGCGGAUGAUGUUCACCCUGAUUCAUUUCGAGUAUUUUUAAAAUGGCUUUACAAAAAACCUUUAGAAGAAGCCAUGAAUGAAAUACCAUAUAAUCCAAGUAUUAAUGAUGGUGAUGAAGCAGAUGAAAUAUCAUUUUAUCUUAAUCAUUACAUCGAUUUAUUAAAUUUGGCCAAUCUUUAUUUCCUUGAUGACUUAAAAGAAUUGGUGGCGGAUACUAUCGUUAGUAAACAUUUACAAACACCUCAAAAUAUUAUUGAAAUAAGAGCAUGGGCGAAAUUAUUUUCGGUUGAUAAGUUGAUAAAUUAUUGUGAAAAAGCUUUGAUUACUCUCCAGUCAAUCUUUGAAUAA